GGGAAACGGAGGGGCGAGGGAGCUAGGCGGUCGGCCAUUUUGUGUCUUUCCUGUGGGACGCGGCGGCGCUUGAGUUGGGCCGUGUGGCAAGGGGUGCCUGCUCGUAUUCUCUUUCCUGCUUCUCCUUCCCCCUCUUGCCCUUUGUUUCUCGAGCGCAGCAGCCAUGGGCCGGAAGAAGAAGAAGCAGCUGAAGCCCUGGUGCUGGUAUUGUAACAGGGAUUUUGAUGAUGAGAAAAUCCUUAUACAGCAUCAAAAAGCAAAGCACUUUAAAUGUCACAUAUGUCAUAAAAAAUUAUAUACAGGGCCUGGUCUUGCUAUUCAUUGUAUGCAGGUGCAUAAAGAAACAAUAGAUGCUGUACCAAAUGCCAUACCUGGGAGAACAGAUAUUGAAUUGGAAAUCUAUGGUAUGGAAGGCAUUCCAGAAAAAGAUAUGGAUGAACGGAGAAGACUCCUUGAACAAAAAACGCAAGAGAGUCAAAAAAAGAAGCAGCAAGAUGAUUCUGAUGAAUAUGAUGAUGAUGAAUCUACAGCUUCAACUUCGUUUCAGCCUCAACCUGUUCAACCCCAACAAGGUUACAUCCCCCCAAUGGCACAGCCAGGAUUGCCACCUGUGCCAGGAGCACCAGGAAUGCCUCCAGGUAUACCUCCAUUAAUGCCAGGUGUUCCACCUCUGAUGCCAGGAAUGCCUCCAGUUAUGCCAGGGAUGCCACCUGGAUUGCAUCAUCAGAGAAAAUACACCCAGUCAUUUUGCGGUGAAAACAUAAUGAUGCCGAUGGGUGGAAUGAUGCCACCUGGACCAGGAAUACCACCUCUGAUGCCCGGUAUGCCUCCAGGUAUGCCUCCACCUGUUCCUCGUCCUGGGAUGCCCCCUAUGACUCAAGCACAGGCUGUAACAGCACCUGGUAUUCUUAAUAGACCACCUGCACCAGCAGCUGCUGUUCCUACCCCCCAGCCUCCCGUUACAAAGCCACUUUUUCCUAGUGCAGGACAGAUGGGGACACCUGUUACAAGCUCAAGUACAGCUUCAUCCAAUUCAGAAAAUCUCUCUGCAUCUUCUAAAGCUCUGUUUCCUAGCACAGCACAAGCUCAGGCAGCUGUUCAAGGACCUGUUGGUACAGAUUUUAAGCCUUUAAAUAGUACCCCUGCAACAACUACAGAGCCCCCCAAGCCUACAUUCCCUGCUUAUACUCAGUCAACUGCUUCAACCACUAGUACAACGAAUAGCACUGCAGCCAAACCAGCUGCUUCUAUAACAAGUAAGCCAGCUACACUUACGACAACCAGUGCAACCAGUAAGUUGAUCCAUCCCGAUGAGGAUAUAUCAUUGGAAGAGAGAAGGGCGCAGUUACCUAAAUAUCAGCGUAAUCUUCCACGACCAGGACAAGCCCCUAUGGGUAAUCCACCUGUUGGACCAAUUGGAGGUAUGAUGCCACCACAGCCAGGAAUUCCUCCACAACAACAAGGAAUGAGACCCCCAUUGCCUCCUCAUGGUCAAUAUGGUGGUCAUCAUCAAGGCAUGCCAGGUUACCUUCCUGGUGCCAUGCCUCCAUAUGGGCAGGGACCUCCAAUGGUACCCCCUUAUCAAGGUGGGCCACCUCGACCUCCGAUGGGAAUGAGACCUCCUGUAAUGUCGCAAGGUGGCCGUUACUGAUGUUACUUCGCCCAAUCUAAUAGGUUUGGAGAUUAAACCUUUUCUCAUCUUGUGCUGUUUAUAUAGCCAAGCUUUCGUCAAUUAAGGCUUCAUUGUGACUUUAACAAACAUUAUCUUCCCACAUACCAGGAACUAUUGGACAUUUUGUUUUACACGGGAAAAAUUUAUUUGGAAUAAUAAAGCAGGAACUUUUCCUGAUGUUGCAAUUUAUACUGUAUGGCUUCUUUUUCAUGUUUCAUCUAGGUUUUUAGAAGUGAAGUAUAGUAAAUAUGGUUCGUUAAAUUGUGAAGGCGCUGGAAUUACAUGAACAUACCACCUUAAAGGCAAGUUCUGUAACCUUAUGUUGCUAUUUGUAAAGUUAUGCCUUCGCAGCAUUUCAUAUGCUGUUGGACUUUAUGUCCCCAACAUAGUUUGGUGAGGGCUGUAACUGUUUCCAAGUACCUGUACAUUGGAAGUAUGAACAUGUAACAAUAUUUAAUGUACUUAGAAUUCCUCAUGUUGCAGGGUUUAAGAAAAAAAAAAACUGACCCACUAAAGGUCAUGUGACUUUUCUGUACUGUUAAACUUAAUUGUAAUAAAAUGAAAGAAAAA